GUUGUGAACAAGACGAAUGGAUUGACCAGUGACCACCAGUCUUACAAAAUUUCAUCAAAUUUCUUGCUUUGCAUGAUGCCAUGAAUAUGCCCCCAAAUAAAUAAAAACUUCAAAGUUUCAAACCCUCUAUUCUUCCAUUUGUACGGAGGUCUCAGUACCAGCAUGUCUAUCACAACAUCUUCAUCACCAUAUUCGUCUAUAAUCAAGUGCUGUGAAGACACAAUUGGGCGCCGAAGAAGAGUCGCCAUUGACGAGAAUUGUUUCCCGGAAAAGAAUCUGACACUCAACGCCACCACCGGGAAACCUCCACGGCCGCGACGAAUCAUCCUGGUGCGACACGGGCAGAGUGAAGGAAACGUGGAUGAAGGAGCUUACACGAGAGUCGCAGAUCCGAGAAUUAGAUUGACGGAGAAAGGGAAACAAGAGGCGGAGCAAUGUGGGUUGAGAAUACGAGAGAUGAUUGAGAAGGAUGGAGCUGAUGAUUGGAAGGUUUACUUUUACGUUUCGCCGUAUCAGAGAACGAUUGAGACUCUUCGUGGUUUGGGAACCGCGUUUCAACGAUCGAGAAUCGCCGGCGUCAGGGAAGAACCGCGGUUGCGAGAGCAGGAUUUCGGGAACUUCCAAGAUCAAGAACAGAUGAAGAUUCAGAAAGCCGUUCGAGUCCAAUACGGCCGAUUCUUCUACCGUUUUCCAAACGGCGAAUCCGCAGCAGAUGUCUAUGAUCGAAUCACAGGGUUUCGGGAGACAUUAAGAACUGAUAUUGACAUAGGUAGAUUUCAACCACCAGGGGAGCAAAGCCCGAACAUGAACUUGGUCAUAGUUUCUCAUGGUUUAACCUUAAGAGUCUUCUUAAUGAGAUGGUAUAAGUGGACAGUCGAACAGUUUGAAGGACUCAACAACAUGCAAAAUGGGAAUAUGAUCGUUAUGCAAACAGGUCAAGGUGGAAGAUACAGUUUGUUAGUUCACCACACCAAACAACAAAUGAUGGACUUUGGUUUGACCCAAGAUAUGCUCGUUGACCAAGAAUGGCAAAAAACAGCAAAACCAGGUGAAUUAAACUACGAAAUCCCAACAGGCGGACCAUCUUUCUUCACCCAUUUUGACGAUGAAAACAAUGGAAAUUUCAGGAGCUAAGUUUUGUGUGUAUAUAUAUAUAUAUAGAUAGGAGAAACCAUUGAUGAUGUGUAGCGUACUUUUUUGUUUCUAAUAAUACCAAGAAAACAGAAGGAUAAUUUAACUUAUGCUUUGAUUUAAAAAGCAAAACUAAAAAAAUGUGAAUGCAAAACGAAGACUAGUCUAAUCUGAAUGCAAAUUAAACCCAAGCCAGCGAGAACUGGGGGGACAACAGCAAAGAUUCAGAUGAGUUUCUGAGAGCUGAAAAUAUAAAAGAAAAAACUUUCAAAAGGUUCAGUGCUAUGGGAAUAAAUGCGUAUGUGUAAUGCAUAUUCCUCCCUAUAUAUUAGUAAAGGGCAAAAGUAGCACGAACCAUGGUUUGGUUUGGUUUUGUUUUGGUUUUGUUUUGGUUUAGUUAGCUGCCAACAUUGGUUUACUAUUAUCACCUUCCUUCACCACCACCUCAUUAGUUAUCAUGAUCAUCGAGUCAAGGUUAGAUUGGUCUUUUUCUUCUUUUGUGUCAGAAUCUUUCCUUUCUCUAGACCGCCGUUUAAACUCACCAACCACCACCUCCCUGUCUUCCCUCGACCGUCUUGGAAAAUCUUUAAACCGGCCAUCUGUCCCUGUCCCAUUACUUUUGAUAUUCCCACGUGCGUGAACUUCCAAAGCAUGUUUGUCACGUGCAUCAAAACCCCUCCCAAAACCAUCUUCAUCAUCGUACUGAAACCUCUUCACAUGUCCAUCCAUGUUAUACCGCUGCUGCCUCACAAACCCCCCACGCCUGUAUCCAUUAUCCGGUCGAUCCCCUUCAUUACCCACAUACCUGGGUCUGCCCCGCCCGGCUUCACUCGGGUCAAAUCUUCCGGGCUGCCCGGAUCUGUAGAACUCAUUUUGCUUUGGUUUUCUUUCAUAAAAACCAAAUCGUUCCCUUUCCCUUUCCCUUUCCCUUACACUCUCCCUUUCCACCACCUGUGGUGGCGGUGAUCUCCGGUCAAAAACAACCGGCCGUUCCUUGUAGUUUACCCAACGCGAAUUCGGAGGCGGCGGUGAUGAAUUACUGCUUCGAGGUCCGGAAUUGUAUUCCGGUUCAAACCCACCACGCCGGUAGUUUGGUGAUCUUGGCCUUCGCAUUCUGAAAGUAGGCGAUCGACUACGGCGUCGGAACCCGGAAUUGGAAACCGGAGAACGCGUCCGCGGUCUCGAAGGUGAUCUCGAAUUGGAAUAAUGAUUCCCAUUCCCUCUU